AUGUUCGCGUUAACGGGAGAAGUCAACUUUUGGACUUUCGACGACAAUAUAAACAUAGAAGUUACGGAUUUCGGCGCAUUUAAAUACCACGAUAAACGUAUCGAUGGCACGUACGAGGAAGGCAAAAGAUCCUAUUGUCAGGAGCGUGGCAUGACUUACGUCCCGGAAAAUAAAAAGGGAAACAAAUUGAAACAUUCCAUUAAGUACUUAGAGGAUCAACUUAAAGACAAUUCUGUAAUUUAUUGUCAAUGGUAUGAUGAUUCUAUUGUGCAAUUAAUGCUCAGCAAUGGUUUAUUGGUGCAAAUACAAGUUUGUCUCUUAAGUGGCGAUGUACGGCAAAUUAAUUUUGAUAAAUAUCUUGUGGGGAAGUUAUCUGAACAUAUAUCUGAUGUAAUUAUUACUAAAAGUCAUUUGGUUUGUACGUACAAUGAUAAUCUGGUGACAUUGGUGUAUUUUACAAAAUCUAAAACGCAUAUCUUUGAUAAGAUCACCAAGUUGGAACCUAAGUUAAUCACAACAGACUUAUUUAUACCUAACGGACGCAGAUUGGAUAAGAAGAUUCAAGUGAAUAAGUCUGCUAAUUUGAUAUUGAUUUGGCGAAAAUCUACAAUGAACGAAGUUUACCCUUGGAGUCCUGCCAUGAAACAAUAUCAUCGAGCAAACAUGCAUCUCUUUCAGCUUACAGGAACAAAGUUAGAAUUAUUAUGUUACAUACGUACUGAGUUUGAUCCCUUGUGUAUUACAUUUGAUGCAUGCGAUGACAAUAUUAUUCAUUCUGUAGAGCAAAAGGUCUCAAGGAAGGGAGAAGUUACCGUAGAAUGGCGUACAUACGAAGUUUCUCGGCAGAAUAAGUUAAAGAGAAUCGCCGUGAUUUCCGUACCAUUGCCAACGCACACAAGUUGUGUGAAAUUUUCACCUAAUCAGGAAUUAUUACUUCUAUGUUGCAUCGAUGGCACUAUCAUGAUGUAUGAUCAAAACAAAUCGACAAGCAUCAGUGUAAAAGCAGCUUUUAUACCUACUUUAGCCACUUGGCAUAGCGGCGGUAUGAUAUUCGUAGUAGGUAACGACAGAGGCCAAUUUCAACAUUUUGAUAUCACUUUAACGUGUAUCAAAAGUCAGAUAUUGAGCGACGAGGCAACACCAGCGAACAUUCUUGACUUAUCAUCGUAUUUUCGAAAUCAACAUGCCUUGCUACACAUGGAAUGGAACAAGAAGAGCGAGCCAAAUCAGUUUCGUUAUUACAACAAUGGCAAUUCUUUGUUCCUGUUACUUUUCGAACGAGGACCGAUUGGCGUCAUUAAAAUGAUCGAAGGCGAUACUUUCUCUGGGGACGAAUUAGUCAGAAGAUAUUUGUCAGAGUCUCGGGCAGACCAAGCGACUUCCUUGCUGCUGUCGAUGAACUGGGAUACGCAUCCACGCGUGUGCAUGCAUUCGCUCAAUCAAAUAUUAAAUUAUUUAUUCAAGUUACCAUUAACAAUGGAACGCGAAGGUCUAAUACAGAAUGCAUUGGGCAGUUUUCAUGUACCUAUUAAACCAAUAAGCCAAGCUGUUGAAGAAGAAUAUGGAGAUGAAGUAAGAGAUUUGACGAGACGAUUCUUCCAUCAUUUAUUAAGAUAUAAAAUGUUCGAGAAGGCUUUUCGAUUAGCUAUUGAUCUAAAUGAUCACGAUCUUUUUAUGGACAUACAUUUCUACGCUGUGGUUUUGAAUGAUAUGGAACUGGCGAUUGCGGCUAAAGAGAAAGCUGAAAGUAUCCUAAGCAGAUCAAACAGUUGCAAUGGCUCGCAUUCCACAUGUUCAAGAACAUCAUGUUCCAUAUGUUCCGAUUCGAGCAAUGAAAAGGGAGAGGAGGAAGAGGAGGAAGAAAACGAGGAGGCCGAGGAAGAAGAGGAAGAGGACGAUGAAGGAGAAGAGGAGGAGGAAGAGGAGAUAGAAGCAACGUACAGUGAAGACAGCGAAGAUUCUCAGAAGGAAGAACGACCACAUCUGAAACGGUCGAAAAAGCAUUACAGAAAAGCCUCCAGUUCAAGUCAGAUUCCACCCUUGCCAAUUAUCCAUCCUCAUCAUACCACGAAGAGCACACUUUGCGCGUCCUACAAUAAUAUUCCGUCCACUACUAAGACUGACUACAUCUUAGUACCUUCGUCCUUCGAUUCCUCCGAUAACAUUUUAACCACUCCGUUUAAUCACCCCUCGCACAUUUCAAGUCCAUUUCUAGCAUCGACUUCUUUUAAUAAAUCGUUGUACAGUGCACACUCAAACUUUAUGCCGACUAGCGCGAUGAACGUCAUUGACAGUUCUCAGGUGUUUAACAAUGCAUCGGACGACUUGAUGACUACGUCAUUUGGCAGUAUUUCUCUUACUGAAUCGGAGGUAGCGGCAGAUGAUCGAUCUGGUAAUAAUUUCGACGAAAAAUCGUAUAACAAGUCGUUACUUAACGAAAUAUCAUAUUCUUUCAAUGGUUCCGCCAACGCAGGAACAACUUGCGCGCAAGACGACAGCUUCAUUUCUACUCCUUUUAAUAAGCCAAUAUAUGAAUCGGAGAAUAUUCAAUCUGAUUAUCUGACGAGUUGCUUAAACGUCGAUAAUAAUAUUAUGUCGACAUCAUUUAGUACUCGAAUUGCUAGCACUCCUGUUUCACACAGUAAUUCUAUUAAUGCACUAACAGCGAACAAUAAUACCGAAACAACUUCCAUGUUACGAAGCGCGAAAUCCUCAAAAAUAUCUGAUAAAUUAUUAACUAAAAUUGAUGCUAAUGCUCAUACGACGGAUCAAUUGUCUCUUCCGGAUAGUAUUUGUAACAAUCUGAUGUCUACUUCGUUUAAUUAUUCUGAAGGAUAUGCGACUCAUGAAAGUGAGGAUAUUGCGUUUCCCAACAUGUUUAACAACGAUCAAGCCAUUAAAUUACAACAUCCUGUAAUGGAGGAAAGGGAAACGAGCGUCACUAUUCCACCGCCACCGCCACCUUCUCUGAUAAAUUCUCUCACUAAUUAUCUUCAUGGUUUACCCAGAAAAAAUUAUCUUUUAUCUAGCAACACUCAAGGUUUACCGAAUAUUAAAGAAUCAGAGAAAUUUGUGUCGAACAAAACGCACGUGCCGUCGCGCAUUUUGCAAAAGCAGAAUACCACGACGUCCAAUAUCCCUGAGAACCAGAAAAUGUCUCCAUCUUUUAAGACAUAUAGAUACAAUUACGAUCUAGAUUACAUACCAUUUCACGAUACUCGUGACGAUACAGACUUACAACUUUCGCAAACAGUUAGCAGAAAGUUUCCCUCGCGAAACUUUCAUCCCAGCUACAGUAUACAACAUGGAUUAUUCGAAAAUAGAUACCUGUCGAGAUCUUCCCAAAAUAAUACGAAUCGAGAAACUAAGAUGUUUUCUAAUGUACCACCUCUGCCUGUAAUUAACACAUCUAUUGCCAAUUCAAAGAUUUGCUCCACGUGUCCAUCGUUCACCGAUAUGCCGAGUUCUCUCUCUAAUGAAAAGCCAAAAGUGAAGUUUUCGGAUACCGUUACUCAUAUACUGGUACCUGGCACAACUCAAUACAGACAGAAACGAUCUUCUGCACAAACACACAUAACGGAUCCCAAACGUGAACUAGCUGAAAGUCUUCCACUUUGCUUGGGUAAUGAAGAUUACCUUAAGGAUUUUCAACCAUUAUGUAAAAAUGACGUGGAUGAAAAAGUAAAAGAAUCUCCGAAGACUGAUGACAGUACAAAGAUUAAGGUCGUGCAUUUUGGUUUAUUGUAAACAGUAUUAUUAAAAAAAAUAAUAAAUGUAUCACACAUACGCGCGCGCGUGCGCACGAAUUAAUGAAAGUGCAAGAAGAGCAAGAAAUGAAACGGAAACCCGACAUUAUUUAUGAUAAAAAAUAAUUUACUUUUAUCUAAUUUUAAUCUAGUUGCAAGACAGGUAAAGGGGUACAACGGAUGACAGUCUGGAUCCCAUAGGCGGAUCUUCAGUAAGGAGAAUCCACCUCUUCUUGUUAAUAAUAAAAACAGAUAAAAAUAGCGUGAAAUAUCUUAUUGAGAUACUUUUAUAAAAUUUGUAUAUAUUGUAUAAUUGUCUUAGACAAGUUAACAAAGAAACUUUUCAUCAAUUAA